AGGCUCCCUCGACACCGUCGCGGGCGCGCGCUUCGGCCUGGGCGCGGCCGCAGGAGCCCACGCAGAGCGCCCGCCAGAAGCCGGGGGCGCUCCCGCGGCGAGGGCGCUGCAGUCGGUGCCCGCCUGGGCCGCCUGGUGCGCCAUUCCCGUCUCGGGUGGCCUGCUCGGCGCCGUGCUCGGCGCCGGCGCCGCCGCGCGCAGGAGGCGCUCGGGGCGGCCUGCAGGGCGGCCUGCAGGGCGACCAGACCCAGACCUCCGACGCAUUGAAACAACCAAGGCAAAAGUUUUUCUUGAUUUUCGGCCUCUGGCGGCCCUCGCCGGGCCCCGGGACCGUCAAAAAACGACUCAGGAUGAAAAGCCGGUCCUGGGGAAUGGGUCGAGACUUCCGGGGACCCAGCAUUGAAAACAUCACGACAUCGGAUCUCUGGGUGAGUGCAGUUUCGCUCUGCAUGUGUCCUUACAUUUCUGUGGCAGCUUCGUGUCGCGCAGUCUGCCCAUCGCGCGCCAGGCCUCGGGGCGGCCCCCGCAGAGCCCCUUGCAGCAGGCUGGCCUGCCUUGCCCCAGGUGCUGCCUUCCGCAGGGAGCAUUGCUGGGCGCGGCCAUCUCCACGCCAGGGUUCAGUCGGGCCUGUCCCUCUACAGGAGGA